AGCGCCGCCUUCCCUGCGCAGUCGGUGUCUCCGCGUCGCUGGGUGGGACUUGGCUCGGUGGCCAUGGGCAAGCAGAACAGCAAGCUGCGGCCGGAGAUGUUGCAGGACCUGCGGGAGAACACAGAGUUCUCAGAGCUGGAGCUGCAGGAGUGGUACAAGGGCUUCCUCAAGGACUGCCCCACGGGCAUCCUCAACGUGGACGAGUUCAAGAAGAUCUACGCCAACUUCUUCCCCUAUGGUGAUGCCUCCAAGUUCGCCGAGCAUGUCUUCCGCACCUUUGACACCAACAGUGAUGGCACCAUCGACUUCCGGGAGUUCAUUAUUGCACUGAGCGUGACCUCGCGAGGCCGCCUGGAGCAGAAGCUCAUGUGGGCCUUCAGCAUGUACGACCUGGACGGCAACGGCUACAUCAGCCGGGAGGAGAUGCUGGAGAUCGUGCAGGCCAUUUACAAGAUGGUCUCGUCCGUCAUGAAGAUGCCGGAGGACGAGUCGACCCCAGAGAAGAGGACCGAGAAAAUCUUCCGCCAAAUGGACACAAACAACGACGGCAAGCUGUCCCUGGAGGAGUUCAUCCGCGGGGCCAAAAGCGACCCGUCCAUCGUGCGCCUGCUGCAGUGCGACCCCAGCAGCGCCUCCCAGUUCUGAGCGAGAGGAUCCAGGUCCCCCCUCUUCCCUGCCUUCACCGGCCCCCUCCCGGCUCUCCGCUUCCUCUCUCUUGCCUCCUGUCCAGGCUGGGGCCCAGACUGGGGGACCCCCCCCCCGGGUCUGCACUUUGGGGGGCCUCCAGAGAAGAGAACCCUGCAGUCCCCCCAGGCCCAAGCAAGCAAGCUAUUAGUACACCCCAAUCCAAGAGGCAGUGACAGAGAGACGCGGGCUGGCCUGGUCUGCCUGGCAGAGUCAGCCCACCCUUACCGGAAGGAACUCAACCAUCUCUCACCCGCACAGCAAAGAGGGCAGACCCCUGCCCCAACCCCCAGGCACGCCCCUCUCUUGCAGGUGGAGGGGGUAGUCAUGCCCAGGUGAGGAUCCUGUAUUUUUAUUUGGAGGGGAGAGAAGGAUUCCAGGAGUGUGGGGGUUUGAGGAAGCUUCCUUGAGCCACCCUUCCCCUGCGGGAGAACCUCCACCCAUCCUGCCCCAGCCUUUGCUGGUCUGGAGGCCAUGAUGCAAAGGCAAACCUCCCAGGAUUCCACGGGUCCUUUAGCACUUGGAUGAACACAGCCAGCCACACACAGACCCCCCAAACCCUCUGUGUUUUGCCUCUCUCAUACGUGUACACACACAGACAGACGGACAGAUGCACCUAGAACCCCGUCCACAGCAUCCUGGGUUGGAAAGAAGCACGGCCCCCCUGGCUGAGCCCCUGUCCCUCCCCCAUAUUCCCCCUCACCCCCCGCAUGCAGCCAAGUGGAGCAACUCUGUUCUUUUUAAUAACUUCAGAAUAAAGUCUCGUUUCAGUGCA